CGCGGACGGAGCAACGCUCGUCUCAAAUGUGAGAUCUGACGUCCAGCGGCUGUUCCAGAGACCAGAGGAAGCAAAAGGAUUAGGGAGGUCUUGAUUCACUCUGAAUACUUACAUGACUAAAUAUUGAGACAAGAUGACUAAAGAUCAUGUAACACUGACAGUGAGCCGCAGUAAAGAUGCGAUGGCCCCGGAGAAGAUCCGUAUUGAGAGGGUGGCCAGCAAGUCUAUCCACAAAGACAAGGUUCUUUAUCGCGCUAGCCCCAAGGGACAGUACAAAGGCAUGGUCAUCCAUAAGAAGUCCGAUGACAUAAAGCCCAGGAAGGCCCAGCCACAAGUCCAGAUGGAGUUCACCGUCUUCAUUGCCAACAAGAACGACAUCGAACGUCAGAUAAAGGAGCGGCGGCAGUUGCGAUUCUGGUUUGAAGACAAGGUCAAACCAAUGGAGAAGACUGCCCAGGCCAGCAAGUUCUUCACUGAGCUUCUUGAUGCUGAGACAUUUCCUCAAACCUUGGUUCUGUUCAUCAAGAAGGCCUUGAUUCUUGUCAAGCACUACAAGCUGAUCGACUGUCUUGACAUCCGCCUUGAACGCACGGACGUGACCGUACAGGAAUGUUACGUGGAGGAGUCUUGUCGAGUUCAGCUGGCCUCAUCCUUGGAGGCAUCGUUCUAUGACCCGUCUCUGGAUAUAGCGGAGGAAGAGGGAGAUGACAUGGAGGACGUAGUUCGUAACUACAUUACUGUCAUGACCCCCGCCAAAUACACCUACCAAUUCGUCCCCGAACUCCCCGUCAACAACAAGACAUGGGUGGCCUUCAAGGUCAGGGCCAGCGAGAGUGCCCAUGUGGCCUUGUCCGCCAUCUACGGGUCACUGGAACAGAAAACCUACGAAAUCACCCUCGGAGGCUUGAACAACACCAGAUGCUAUAUUCGGGAAAACGCGGAAGGCCCGAAGAGAGCUGAAGCUAUCACCAGAGGCAUCCUAAAGGGCGAAGAGUCGCGAGACUUCUGGGUCAGUUGGAAGGAUGGUAUCAUCCAGGUCGGUGAGGGAAAUGAGAAGGGGAAGAACAGGAUCAUGUAUUGGAGGGUUCCGGCCAGAAAAAUCUACUCAAUCAACUGUCUAUCUGUCUCCACCGACAGCGGGUCUGAGGGGCAAUGGGAAUUCGUUGACAUCCUGUAUCCAGAGAAGGACAAGGCGAAGAGGCGAGCCAAAGCCCGAGCCUGCCUUCUUUGGUUGGCGAAGAAGCAGAAGCUUCUCUAUGCUCUCGAAGAUGCCUACCCUGAAAGCAUACCGACUCCCGAUUUACUUAAGCUCGCCAAUAUCAAGCAGUCCGACAUGUUCACUGCCAUCGUCAUGCUGAAGGGUAUGGAGAAGAAGGACCUCAUUCAGGAAGUGACGACGGGAGUCUGGAUGCGCAAGCCAGGGGGACAGAACCACCAGCAGCAUGAGGUGAAGAUCGUCACGGACAUGCCGCGGCUGACUGGCAAGGAGCAACCCACAGUGGGUAUUGUCACGGCGUUAUACUGUGAGAAACAGGCCGUAGAUGCAAUGAUCGAGAACAAGACAACUUACGUCAAGUACAGCGCCAAAACGAAAGGUGAUUCGUCCGUUUAUACCAUUGGUAAGAUAGGCAAGAUCAAAGUCGUCUGUACCAAGCUCUCACGUGUAGGACGAGGCAGAGGCGAGGCCAUAGCAGCGGGGAAUGCCAUCACUAGGCUUCUAGGUACUUUCAGUCGUAUCGAGCACGUCAUCGUAACAGGUGUCGGAGGUGCUGUGCCCAACCCUGGAGACUACGAAAAGCAUGUCCGCCUAGGUGACCUCGUGGUCUCAUUUGCUGCAGCAGCGAAAGAUCCCGUAUACAUCCACUGUGACAAGAUGGAGCCAGUCAACGGGGAAUACAACUUCCUGACACGGACCUGGUUCCCGAAAGAGCGGGCUAUGCAAGGGGUAGCCAUGGACAUGCAGGAAAUGCUAGCGGAGCAUAGGACGAAAUACCCAUGGGAGACGUUCAUAGAUGAAGGAAAGGAGGCCAUGAGCAGUGAAGAGUCAGGCUUCUACAAACCUGCGAGUAGGAAUGAUAGGAUCUUUGUACCGAAUUCGGGAGGGUCGCUCAUUGAGUACGAACACCCCCAGCCCCCUCCAGGUCAUUACGUCCGCGAGGGGCAACCGAGAAUACAUUUCGGUGCAUUCGGUGCAGGGCGGUUCGUCUCCCGGAACGACAGGAUUCGGGAAGAUUUCUCAAACUUGUGCGGGGUCAUUGCGUACGAUUACGAAUUCUACGCAGUGAUGGAGUCCCUUGAAGGCAACCGCUGCGACAGUUUCAUCGUAAUCCGCGGCAUGGCCGACUAUGCUGAUGGAACGAAACAGAAAGACUGGCAGCCAUAUUCUUCACUGGUUGCCGCCGCGUUUACUAAAGCUUUCGUCAUGGCGAUACCAGAGUAGUGAAGCCUUGUCCUUAUCCGUGUAGUCUCCAGUCAUGUCAGACCUUCGUUGUCGAAAGCUUUGCUCUGACGUUUAAAUACGUAAAUAUGUCAUGAUGUAUAAUUGCCUCUAAGUCAGCUCUUGCGAUUCGUUGAGGUUAGUUAUCGCCGUUGCUUUGAUGAUAUAAUUCAGACUGAUUCAUAUACAAAACUGUACUCUUGCAUGCAAGGCACUAA